AUGCGAUCAUUCGGCCUUUACGCCGUGCUUCUGGCGCCAUUCUCGGCCUUGGUCCACUCUUUCCCAACGGCCGACAACUUUGCCAAGCUCGCAGAGCGCGGCUUUAUAGACAGCUCCGAUAUCUCUCCACAGAAGUUGCACGACAGCCUGCUGCGGAUCAAAGAGAAGCGCCUGUUGUUCGAUCCUCUGACUGAUCCCAUUGACGUUAGCGGUGACCAUGCGUUUCAGCCCCCAAAUUUCCGCAAAGGGGAUCAGAGAGGACCAUGUCCUGGCCUGAACGCUCUGGCGAACCACGGCUACAUUCCACGUGAUGGCGUGGUAGGCUUCUUGGACCUUAUUGAGUCCGUGAACACGGUCUACGGUAUGGGCGUGGAUUUGAUCACUGUUCUUUCAGUGAUGGGAACAGUCGGUGUCGGUAACCCGCUCUCUCUUAACCCUGGAUUCUCCAUUGGUGGCGAGACUUCUAAGGUUUCCAACAUUCUUGGCAAUCUUCUGGGUCUUCUUGGUACUCCUCAAGGUCUCUAUGGCAGUCACAACUGGAUUGAGAGUGACUCUUCGGGCACUCGUGACGAUCUCUACGUGACCGGGAAUGCGUGGACCAUGAACAUGACGCUCUUCCUGGACAUCUAUAACUCUAUCGACGGUGCCUUGACGAUGGAGAACAUCGGUGCCCGUGCUUCUCAGCGAUUCGAUGAGAGCAUCGGUAUCAACCCGUACUUCUACUACGGCCCUUACACUGGCAUGAUCGCUCGCAAUGCCGGUUACGCAUUCGUGGGCCGACUCCUCAGCAACCACUCAACAGAGUUUCCUCAGGGCGGCAACAUGACUAAGGAGGUCUUCGCCAGCUUCUUCGGCGUCUACGAGGAGGGUGGCGAGUUGGUAUACAAGGAAGGCUGGGAACAGAUCCCCCAGAACUGGUACCGCAUCGCGGUCGACUAUAACCUGGUCUUCCUGAAUCUCGAUCUCAUCGCUUGGUUCUUGGAGCAUCCCAACCUGGCGAGCAUUGGUGGCAACCUCGGCAAGACCAACUCCUUCGCCGGUGUCAACCUUGAGGAUGUCACUGGUGGCUUGGUAAACACAGCGUCCCUGCUGGAGGGCAACAACCUGAUCUGCUUCGCCCUUGAGGUUGUCAAAACUUUUGCUCCAAACUCGCUCUCGAACCUUUUCAAGACUCUCGAGAAGCCCCUCGAACUCGUCAACAACGCGAUUCUUGACCCUCUUCUGGACCUGUCCUGCCCCGAUUGGUCGGACUUGACCGCCAACGGCACCGACCUCCUGACCCAUCUCGUCGACACCUACCCAGGCGCUAGCAAGGGUAGCUUUGCGUUGUAG